ACGACCUGUCUUUUAGGUAAAAGUUCCGAGAGAAUCCGACAAGGCAUAACAGAAUAAUAUUUGGUUUACUAAGUUUCAAACUGUUGUUGGCAUGGCUCUUGCAUCGUUGUGGUACCUGUUAUUGUAUCUCAGUUUAUGCACGGCAUGGAUGGAUGAGAGACCAGUUCUGGAGUCUCGGGACGGACAUCUAUUAAUCUCCAGCGCGAAGGACAGAAACAUUACGCUGAAGAUAAUAGGGAGCGGUUAUAUAAACGUUAAUGAAAUCAAUCUGCUUCACGUAGCCUCGGCGGCGCAAAAUGCAACGCGGGUCAUCGACAGGUGGCGGAUGGGAUAUUUGGCUGAGAUGGAGACCUCUCUUCAACAACUAACGACUAUAGUGACAGGCACUACAGGCUUACAGAGAAGAGUCUCUUUACUCGAGAGAAAUAUCGACAUGAACAAUACAAUUCGCCCAGGAAACAGAUCACGUAUACCGGUUGUAUUACCGAAUAUAGCCAGAAGCAAUAUUCGUCGUAUCAAUUUCCGACUUAAGCUAUUGGAGGACUCACUUAGAAAUGUAGAAAGAUUGCUCCGAGAGAACGAGUGCCAAAGUAACCCAUGUCAAAAUGGCGGUACCUGUGAGGAUCUCUAUGACGGCUAUCAAUGUCAUUGUCCAUCAAAUUGGGAGGGGCCUAAUUGUAUGACGGAUGUCAACGAGUGCGCGAGGUUCCUUGGUACGGAUCUUGGAUGUCAAAACAGAGCAACUUGUCGUAAUUUGCCUGGAUCUUAUCGAUGCGACUGCUUGGCGGGAUGGUUUGGUCUCCAUUGUACGCAGAAAACAUCGAUUUGCAAUACAGAGAAUUCCGAAGCGCUCUGCGGCGAGCACGGUGUAUGCGUCGCCAAAAGUAGUUCUUCAUUUGGAUAUACGUGCAUUUGCGAUCAAGGAUGGGAAAGUGACGGCACAAGUCCAGCUUGUACUAAAGAUGUAGACGAAUGUGCAGCGUCUCAUCCACCAUGCUCCGUAAAUCCACCGGUACCAUGUCUCAAUACUCGCGGCUCAUUCACUUGCGGUGCCUGUCCGCACGGCUAUAGUGGAAACGGCUAUUAUUGUACCGACAUUGACGAGUGCCUCAUUAACAACGGCGGUUGCAGUGCCUCGCCUUAUGUACAAUGUAUAAACACAAUGGGUUCUAGAACAUGCGGUGCUUGUCCUCCGGGGUACCGUGGCGACGGCGUGAGUUGCAUUUUUGUCGGUGGUUGUGCCAUCAACAAUGGCGGAUGCCAUCCAUUAGCCACCUGUAUCGAAAAUCCAUCGCUUUCAAGUUCUUACGUGCUAUGCAGUUGCCCACCGAAUUACGUUGGUAAUGGAAUGGGACCAAACGGCUGCCAAUUAACUGAUGUAUCACUUAAUACGGCGUGUUCUAGCAACCCCUGCGUUCAUGGCACAUGCGUGCCAAACGGUGCACAUGGUUUCACCUGCACGUGCAAUCCGGGAUACUCGGGAUCUACAUGCCACAUACCGACCAAUCCGUGCUCGCCAAAUCCUUGUCGAAAUAGUGGCAUUUGCACCGUUUUAAGCGGACAGGCAACGUGUCAAUGUACACCUAGCUUCACAGGAACCAGGUGCGAAACGUCACGGCAAACGUGCGGCGGUGUGUUACGGAAUCCCAUGGGAACACUUCAGUUCCCCAUGGGCGGCAGUACUUACCAGCACGGAUUGAGUUGCGCCUGGGUGUUAAUCACGGAACGCUCCAAGGUUCUGAACGUUACCUUUACGGCUUUUAAUCUUGAGCAGUCGACAGAGUGCAAGUUUGACUUCCUACAGAUUCACGAUGGUAGAAAUGCUGGCAGUCAAAUGAUCAAUAGAUUCUGCGGUAACACGUUGCCUAACGGAAACGGAACAAUUAUCUCGUCCCAUAACACCCUUUAUUUGUGGUUCCAUUCGGACAACAGUGUAUCUCACGACGGAUUCACCCUUCGUUGGAAUAGCAUUAAUCCUAUUUGUGGAGGAGUUUUAGAAGAUAAUUACGGUACAAUCAUAUCUCCCGGUUCGCCUGGAAGAUAUCCUCCAAACAGAGACUGCUUCUGGAGAAUCAGUGUCGCUACCUCGAAAAGGAUUCAAUUCCAUUUUGGUCAGCUGAUGCUCGAGGAAAAUUGUCAGAAAGACUACUUGGAAAUUACCGGUACAGAAGAAGAACGUCUAGGACUUUUUUGCAAUCACACUCGUCCACCGCCUCUAAUUACACCGAAUUCUGAAGUUACUGUUCAUUUUCAUUCCGAUAAUACUAAUCAAGAUGCUGGCUUUCAAAUCCAUUACUCGACGAUUGAAGGUGUACCUGGUUGCUCUGGAAUUUAUACCAGUGCCACUGGAAUGAUCAGUUCACCAGGUCACUCAACGUCGUAUCAACCAAACAUGGAAUGUGAAUGGAAGAUACAAUUGCCGCCAAACGAACGGAUCCGAGCAUCAUGGCUAAAAUUUGAUCUCGAAACUUCCAACAAUUGUCAGUUUGACUUUGUCGAGAUUUACGAUGGACCCGAUACGCUUUCUCCAUUACUUGGUAGAUACUGUGGCUCGGAUAUGCCGCCAGCGAUCAAGUCAAGUUCGAAUAAUUUACUUGUCGUUUUCAAAUCCGAUUGGUCUUUUGAAGCGGAAGGUUUUACAUUGUCGUAUGAAACUUUAUGCGGCGGCGAUUUCGUUGAGAAUACCGGAAUCAUUAAGUCGCCCUUUUAUCCGGAACCUUAUCAUCAUUCAAGAACGUGUAUUUACGACAUCAUACAACCGCUCGGCAAAGGAAUCAUAUUAACUAUAGAAGAUUUGAACAUCGAAGGCAGAGAUGAUUACUGCUUCUACGAUUACGUUCAGAUUUUUGACGGUGAUAAUGAAAAUGCUACGCAACUCGCCAAAUUAUGCGGUGAACACAUUCCAGACAUUCCUUAUUAUUCCACGCAUAAUUGGAUGCAUAUAAAGUUUACUACCGAUAGCAGUGUCAAUGGUCGAGGUUUCAAAGCGAAUUACACCACUAUCGAUCGCAGGUGUGGCGGAUUACUGAAGGAUCCAAACCGCAUAAUUCAACCACCCAUUGAAAAUGGAGCUUACGUUGAUAAUGAGGAAUGCAUCUGGACUAUUGUAGCGCCACCAGGAUAUGUAAUACAUCUCACCUGGUUAUCAUUUAGCUUAGAACGAAGUCCGAGUCACCUUGGUCACCUUGGUGAUUGUCUCCUUGAUUACGUCGAAAUUUAUGAAAACUACAGCUCGUCUAAUCAGAGCGCAAUAGCCAAAUACUGUGGCACAAAUAAACCACCCGAUUUAACGACUCAGGACCGUCUACUUACUAUGAUCUUCCACACUGAUUCAUCUGUUACAAGUGAUGGAUUCACUGCCACAUAUUCUUUCUUGGACAUGUCGAAGGUCUGCGGCGGUCAUUAUUCAAAGUCAAACGGCAUUAUUAGAUCGCCAAAUUACCCUAAUCCUUAUCCGAACAACAAGGAGUGCGUUUGGAUUAUCGAAGCACGAAACAGAUAUAGAAUUAUACUCACGGUCGAUCACUUCAAAUUAGAAAAACAUGCAGAUUGCGCAUUUGAUUACUUAGAAAUUAGGAAUGGUGGAUAUGAAUCUUCGCCGUUACUUGGCAAAUUCUGUGGCACAGAUAUACCUACCGAAAUACCGAGUCAAUCCAAUCAAAUGUAUAUUAAAUUCGUUUCGGAUUUCUCGAGAACAAUGGAAGGUUUCGAAAUACGAUGGGAUAGUACGACGCAAGGAUGUGGCAGUACAUUGUCUGGAGUAACUGGGAGUAUUAUAUCUCCAAAUUAUCCUGAACCUUAUUCAACGAAUGCGGAUUGCUAUUGGAAGAUCGCUGUGGCAGCAAGUAGUUUAGUGCAACUCGACAUAAUGGAUCUUGAGCUUGAGCAAUACGAUCGAAAUAAUAUUUGCCGAUAUGACUUUAUCGAAAUAUAUGAUGGCAUCAGUCCUCGUACAAAUGCAAGACGUUAUUGCGGCAGCCCGUAUCCGAAGUUUAUACAAUCUAAAUCCAAUGAAAUGACUAUUCGUUUCCACAGCGACUUCAGUAAUUCCGGCCGCGGUUUCCAUUUGAAAUACGAAACACAAUGUCACAGAGCGAGCAAAUUACACGGUUAUUACGGUGUGAUAGAAUCACCAAAUUUCCCCAAUAAAUAUGAGGACUCGGCAAACUGUAGUUGGAUUAUUGAGGCUCCGAUUGGUAACACAAUUAAUUUAACUUUCUCGCACUUUGAUCUCGAAAGAGGCCAAGAUCCAAAGUGCGUAUAUGAUUAUGUCAAUAUUAUGGAAGGCGACAAUGACACUCCCAAUAAUAAUUUGGGUCAAUUUUGUGGGACUAUCGAUCUCCCAAUGAAAAUUAAUUCAAUGCAACAUCAAGUGUUUGUAACGUUUAUUACGGACUCUUUUAUUGCCUUCAAUGGUUUCCGGCUCGAAUGGACGGUGCAUGGAUGUGGCGGAUAUUUGAAUAAACCAGUUGGUAGUUUCACGUCGCCUGGAUAUCCGUCAGCUUAUCCAAUGAAUGUUGACUGCGAAUGGCUGAUCGAAGUGGAUCACACGCACAGCGUUGAACUGACACUUCACGAUGUUAAUACUGAGAAACGCAAAGGCUGUUCCUCCGAUAAUGUUCAAGUCUUUGAGGGUGAAAACGCAGAUGCUCCAAGUAUGGUCAAGCUUUGUUAUACGGAGAAACCAGUGACAUAUACUAGUUCCGGAAACAAAAUGUUCAUCAAAUUUCACUCGGACUCAGUGUACGCUAAUCGAGGAUUUAACGCCAGUUAUAAAAGCGUUCCUAUUCAAUGUGGUGGUAAAUUUACAACAGUCUCGGGCAUUAUUCACUCAACUGAUUAUCCUCAGAAUUAUCCCCACCUUCAGAAUUGUGAAUGGUUGCUAGAAGUUGAUAGUAAUCAUCUCGUGAAUCUUACAUUCUUGGACUUUGAUAUUGAGAUCAGUGCAAAUUGCUCUGAUGAUUAUGUUCAGAUCUUUGAUGGCCCAACAAGAGAUGACACGUUAUUGGGAAGACAUUGUAGCAAUCAGCUACCACCGACCUAUAUUUCAAGUAGCAAUCAAAUGUUAGUAGUUAUGAGGAGCGAUAGCAUUGUUACAGCCAAAGGUUUCAAAGCUCAAUACACUCGAGCCUGCGGUGCUCGUAUAAUUGUGAAAGAUCACGGUUUUCUUACACCCUCGACCGGCCGUACCGAUAUGCAUGACGACACUAAUUGUACAUGGACAUUGAUAGCUGAAAAUCCAGCCGAUCAUAUAACUAUCACUUUCACCCAUAUGGAUAUUGAUCUACAUGAGCCAGAGGAAUUACCCCCGUCAUCAAAUCCUUGUUUUUACGUCUCCCUCCAGGUAUUCGAGGGGGAGAGCAUAGAUGGACCACGUUUAGGAAAAUGGUGCAAUUACGUUGCUCCUCCGCCAACCACGAGUACCGGAAAUUCGCUCACGCUACAAUUAACAGUAAAAAACGAGUUCAUAGGUCACUUCGUCGCUGUAUACUCUGUCUUGAAUAACGCUUGCGGCGGAAACUAUACAUCCGAACAAGGAAUAAUUACUUCGCCUACUUAUCCAAACAGCUAUCCCUUAAACGCAGAAUGCAUUUGGAUUUUGAAUACAUCCCCUGGUAACAAGAUUACUCUGACGUUUUCCGAGUUUGAUAUCGAGUCGAGCGAAAACUGCGAUCUAGACUAUCUGGAGAUACGAGAGAAUAGUGAAAUGGGAAAGCUCAUUAGCGUUUCUUGCGGCAAAGAUGCCGCAGAUAUUACAUCCUCGAACAAAUUGUGGAUCAAGUUUAAAAGCGAUGGUUCAGGUACUGCCAAGGGUUUUCAGGCUGAAUAUAAUCUCAUUGGAGGAAACGAACUUGAAGGAUCAUUAGGACGCAUUACCUCGCCGUUAUAUCCAAUGCCGUAUAGGCGAACUGCUGCAUUCUCGUGGCGUAUCACUGUUGACAUGGAUUCGGUUAUACAUAUUAAAUUCACAGAUUUACGGAUAGAAAACGAACGCCAAUAUUGUCUUAAUAAUAUUAAAAUAUAUGACGGAUAUAAUAACGAAGCACCGGAACUACUAGAAGUAUGUGGCUACACUUUGCCAGAUCCUGUAGACUCAUCCAGCAAUGUGGCUUACAUCACGAUGUCGACCGAAGUUGGCAGACAGGGAAGUUGGUUUGAUCUCACCUGGCUUCAAUUACCAAGAAAUAUUUCCGAUCCACUUAAUAAAGAAAUCAAAUUGUCGGAGUGUAACAAAGAAAUAGCUUUAAUGGGCGAGCGCAACAAUACCUAUUCCUUUAGUUCUCCUGGUUGGCCAACCGGCUAUGCUCACAAUUUGCAUUGCAAUUGGGUCUUCACAUCGCCACCUGGAACACAUUUAGUAUUGAGAAUAAUAACUAUGGAUAUUGAAGAAUCCAGUAAUUGUGUAGCGGAUUCGGUUUCUGUUUAUUCGGGAAAUGCAUUGACGUCGACAGCCGAUGCUCAUUUAGAAAAUAAAUUAUGCUUGGCGAACUCUAGUAUGACUUCAACCAAAGCGACCAAUGUGAUGACGGUGAAAUUCGAAACGGAUUGGUUCGUCAAUAAAACUGGCUUCAGCGCAUACGUAUAUCGAGAUUGUGGAGGUCAGUUAACCGAACCCAACGGCGUAAUUGAAUACGACAAUUCUACUUAUGUAUUAGCGAUGCGUACAUGGAAUUUCAAUUGUGAAUGGACCGUGACAGUGAAACCUGGCAGAACUAUCAAAGUUCAGAUUACCGAUAUGUCAAUACAAGAAAUGCCUGAUCAUGUAUGCGGUGAUAAUUACUUGCUGUUCAAAAAUGGAGACGAAGCACACUCGCCUCUAUUAGGCGCCGGAAAGUAUUGCGGUGAAGUAUUACCAGCGGAAUUAGAAACCACCGGAAAUCGUUUAUAUAUUAAAGCUGCUGGUAGUGGCUUUGGUUUUCACUUUAAGCUUACUUACAGAGAAGUAAGAAUGAGCUGUGGCGGAGAGUUUAUUUUGACAGGCGGCCAGAAAAAAUGGGAAAUAUCAUCGCCUAAUUAUCCAAACAUCCCUCCAACUUAUGCUGAAUGCAUUUGGAAAGCUACUGCUCCAGCUGGUGAAAGGCUCACUAUCCAUUUUGUGGAAAGAUUCGAUUUGAGUUUAACUGAAGAUUGCGAAGGAGAAUACGUUGAAAUAAGAGAUGGUGGAACCGAUGGUUCGAAACUUAUGGGAAGAUUUUGUAAAGACGUAGCACCCAGUAGUAUGAGUACUAGUGGCAACAUGAUGUAUGUCCAUUUCUAUACGGAUGUGCCAGAACCUAAGAAUGGUUUCAAAGCUGUAAUUACUUCAGGAGAGGUUUGUGGUGGAAUUUUACGUGCUACCAGUGGUGUCAUUGAAUCUCCGAAUUAUCCGCAUCCAUAUCCUAUAAAUCAGAACUGUUCGUGGAUGAUAGUAGCGCCGUCAGAUCACACUUUGAAAUUACAAUUUCGCGAUUUAAAGCUUCCUGGCUAUUAUAAUUGCCCUUUGACUGAUCACGUUAGAAUUGGAGAAAAAAUCGUAGAAAGUGACAAUAAUUCAGAAAUUCGUACAAUUGGCACAUAUUGCGGUCUUGAACAACCGGAUAUAAUUGAGUCAUCGACAAACGAAGUGUAUGUAUACUUUAACAGUGACGGCAGAGAACUUGUGAGUUACAAAGGCUUCAGUCUAAAUUUCACCUCUAGCCAAGAAACAUGCGGAGGUGCAUUAACCUCAUUUAAUGGAAUAAUUAAAUCACCCGGAUAUCCUAAUCCACGUAAAAGAACAAGACAUUGCGAUUGGAAAAUUACGUUACCGAUUGGUUUUCAAGUUGUGGUGGACAUUUUGGACAUAGACAUUGUUAGCCAACCUGGAAUGGGAGGGUAUGCACUUACGUUCUUUAACGAUUUCCGCUAUAGAUCAAAGAUCAAAAUCUUAGGACAAGGCGCUAGUAUAGAGGAGAUAAGAAGUUCCAGUAAUACUAUGAAUAUCGGCUAUUGGUCCUCCGCCGGACAUCGAGGUUUCAAACUUCGAUACACUGCUACGGCUCCUGCCCCUUGUGGUAGAAAUCUAAGAGAAAUUGAAGGCAAUAUAACAGGUCCUACAAAAUUGCCUUUUAAUCAAUCUUCGUAUAUUUGCCAUUGGAAAUUGGAACCACCCGAAAAUAUGGUCGCUUCCACUGACGGUUUAACAUUGUCAUUAAAAGUCACUGGAAUUUUAGGCGGACCUAGCUAUCGUGAAUUUUCUAAUCACAUUAGAAGACAAUGCAUUUAUCCUCAAUAUAUUGAACUUCAAGAUAUUGGAAUGUUAUGUGGAAAUAUAACAGAACCGAGAUAUUUGAGAAGCCCGAAAUUAAUCAACGAAUUGACGAUAAUAAAUGGUACUUAUGGAAGACAUAUGGCGUUUGAUUUACAAUAUAAAUGGCAAGCUUGUGGUGGUAUUUUACGAGGACCAGGGCCUGACACCAUCAAAUCCCCAACAAACAUUUCUUAUCCGAUAAACUGCGUUUGGCACAUAGAUUAUCCCGAAGGAGAAACAAUCAAACUUUCUUUCACUAAACUUGAACUUGAAAGUAACUGUGACAAGAAUUACCUUACUAUUAAGAACGGUGGACCGACGGCGCCACAGAUGGCAAAGCACUGUCUUCAUACAACUCAACUUGACAAAUACGAUAUUCACAGUAUAUCAAAUCAGCUAUGGAUAGAAUAUUUUGCAUCUGAGGGUACAGGCAGUUUCGAGUUUAAUGUGAUGAUUGUCACUGCUGGCUGCGGUGGAUCCUUACAAGGUCGCAAUCGCGAAAUCGCAUCUCCGGGGUAUCCCAAGCAAUAUCCAAAUAACGGCGAGUGUGCGUGGGAGAUAAUAGCUAGCAAUGGCUAUCAUAUAGGUUUAACUUUCGUCGACCGGUUCCACCUAGAAACUAGUCCUAAUUGUGAAAAAGACUAUGUGCAGGUAUUUGAUUGGAUAACGGAAGAAGGAAAUUCUAACAAUGAGGAAUGGAAGAGUAUUGGAAAAGUUUGCGGCAGAAAUACACCUACGCCCUUUAAUUCGACAUCGAAUCGCAUGAAAGUGAUUUUUCAUUCGAAUGAGGCAGUACAGUCAGACGGUUUCCGUGCUGUCUGGGGCGAGAAUUGCGGUGGUAUUUUUCAAGCGACUGAAAAAGUCAAUACUAUUUUUUCGCCGUCAUAUCCAAACCUCUAUCCACCCAACAUUUUCUGUAACUACACUAUCGUCGCUCCAAACGAUGACAUUAUCAUCGAGUUCACGGAGUUCUCGCUCGAGCGUGUAGGAGAUUGUCGUUUCGACAAUGUUACCAUUAAGAAGCAAAAUAUGUAUAUGAUGGAUGACUCGGAAACUUUUUGCGGCAACACUAAACCACCGCUUUCGAAAUCUAUUUCAAAAAUAGAGAUUCUUUUCAUGACUGACAAAUACGUGCAGAGUACUGGUUUUCAGUUUAAAUACUUCCUCAAUAGAUGCGGUGGUAUAAUCACAAAUCCCACCGAGAUUAAGCCUUUCAUGCACAGAGAAGAAUACUUUGAGGGUAUGAAUUGCACUUGGAUCAUUAGAGCACCUCAAGACAAGAGUAUACUUGUGCGUUUUGAGAAGUUUAUUCUAGAAUUUAGCAUAAAUUGUUAUUUCGAUUACGUCGCCAUUUACGAGGGCGAUUCUAUUGAUGAUGAAAAACGAUCUGCCCUUGUUUGUGGAAACUUGACCGACAAUUUACCAACGUUUAAAUCCGAGUCUAAUUCUAUGGUCAUUGUUUUUAAUGCUGACAAUUCGAGGAACUUCGAAGGUUUUUCAGCCAAAGUAUUAUUUACGACAAAUCCAGCCGGUGGUUGUGGAGGAUUAGUUAAUUUAACUUCGGUUCAAUCUAAAUCGUUCAGAACUCAACAGGCGGCGACUUAUCAACCAUUUGAAGAAUGCCAUUGGACUGUAGUGACAUCACCAGGCAAAAAUAUAAGAUUUACAAUUAAUAGUAUAGAUAUAAAGAACUCAUAUAAUAAUAUUACACAACGUGAUAAAUGUAAUGGUGAUUAUCUCGAGAUUCGAGAUGGCGGUGGAAUUUAUAGCGAACUUAUUGACCGAUUUUGCGGGAAUAUAGUGCCAUCUCCUAGAGUAACUGCAUCAAAUAAAUUGUGGAUUAGAUUUUAUAGUGACGGCACUGUUGAAGGUGCCGGUGUAACAGCUACGUUGGAAACUGUUGAUUCAAUGUGUGGCUUAAGUACUCGAAUAGCAAACGAGACAAAUCAUGUACUUACUUCACCGGAUUAUCCAAAUACGCAUUUAGCUGGAACACAAUGUCGUUGGACUUUGGAAUUUGAAGAUGAAUAUAGUGAUAGGAUGCGAAUUCGAUUUAUAGACUUUGAUUUGGCAGAUUCUGACAAAUGUGAAAACGAGUAUUUAGAAAUUACUGAACAAAACAUAUUAAUAAGUGAAGGCUUCGGAACACAGUUUAUUUAUAGUGGCUUAAGAAACCACCCAAUUACCGUCGAGAUGGGUAGUAAUUUACCUUACUCCACGUAUAGAUAUUGCGGUAGCGAAUUGCCACAUGAUUACUACAGCCACAGCAACCGUGUCAAAGUCACAUUUAAAUCGUUAUCCAACGAUCACAGAGGCUUUAAACUAGAAUACAGUACAGCGAAUUGCGAUCGAAAUUAUACGAGCGAGCAGGGUCGAAUUUAUCAUAAGGGAUUUAAAAGCUGCUGGAUGACGAUCACCGUUCCAGCAACUCGUACCAUUUCUUUGUACUUCAAUCACUUUAGCAUGUACGACAGUGAGCAGUGCACGCACAACGCAUUGCAAAUACAUGACGGUGAUUCAAGUGGACCGCUUAUAACGACGCAGUGUGGCUCGACGAUACCAAACCCGAUUUUCAGUACCGGCAAUAAACUCACUUUGCACUCCUGGACCGAGAGCGCCGCUCCUUAUCAUAGUUAUGACAUCAUUUAUACGACCACGGAUGCAGGUCGAGGUUGCGGCGGUCGUAUAUUCAAUUUCGGUGGCAGAUUUACGUCACCGUUGUAUCCCAAUGUAUAUCGCAACAAUACUGUAUGUACUUGGGACGUGAGUGUACCGCGAGGCUUCAAGAUCAUUCUUCAGUUCCUUGUCUUCGACAUUGGCACGAAGAAGAACUGCGCCUCCAAUCAUGUCAAAGUUUACGACGUUGUUCCCAGUGGAGAACUUUUACAUAGUACUUAUUGCGGCGGGGAUGAUCCAGCAAGACUCGAGACUGAUACUAAUCGAGUUCUUGUAAGAUACACUUCGACAGUGAACAAUAUUGGAUCGGGAUGGGUUAUUGUAUUUAUGGCACAAUCGAAUGAGCAUCCUAUCGACCUAUUACCGGAACAUUACUAAAAAGGCACAAAUACAAUUAUACAUUUUAUAACGUUUGUCUAUAAAUUUUGCUUUUAAAAACGUUUUUUCCGCAUUCCAAAAUUUAUAAUUGUAUAAUUUACUAUAGAUAGAUAAAAAUAAAUAAGUUUGCUAAUA